UCUCCCCCCGACUCCAAAAUUGGGGAUCUGACGCCCGAGCCACCAAAACACCACGUACACACAGCCGCGGCCCCAUCCCGACCAAAAACCUAGCUAGGGUUCCGCCGUCGCCGACCCAGCCGGCGUCUCCCCGCCCGCUCGCCCGCCGCCAUGUACAACGGCAUCGGGCUCCAGACCGCUCGUGGGUCGGGCACCAACGGGUACGUCCAGACCAACAAGUUCUUCAUCAAGCCCCGCACCACCGGCGGGCCGGGCGGGCCCCACCGGCCGCCGCUCCCCGACGCCGCUGGCGGGGAGGGCGGCGGGCUCGGCGGGAUGCGCAAACCCAACAAGGAGAUCCUCGAGCACGACCGCAAGCGCCAGGUCGAGCUCAAGCUGCUCGUCCUCAGGGACGCCCUCGAGGAGCAGGGCUACACGGAGGGCGAGAUCGAGGAGCGCGUCGAGGAGGCGCGCAUGGCCGCGGAGGCCGAGGCGGCGGCCGCGGUCGCCGCGGAGGAGGCGGGGGGAGGGCGGCCGGCUCUACCGGGCAGAGGGUUUACCGACACACAAAGCCACCAUGUUGCGGCCCGGAAGGAGAAGCAGCUUGAGGCUAUGAGGGCUGCUCUUGGACUGAACGCUGAGGAUGUAAAGAAGGGGGAUGUGGAAAGUGAUGUGGAAUCCGGGGAGCUUGUACCUGGUAAGUAUGCUGAGGAACUGGAUACUGCUGGUCAGAAGGAUAGCAAAGAUAUGAAGGAUGCAAAGACGAGCAAAAAGAAAAAGGGGAGUGAUAAAAGGAGUCAGAGCAAAAGUUCAAGGAAGAGCAAGUAUGACUCAGAUUCAGAACAGGAACAUGACAUGAAAACAAAGAAGAAGAAGAGUUCACACCGUGAUUCUGAAGAUGAUUCGGGGACUGAUUAUGAUGAGAAGAAGGAAAAGAAACACAGCAAGAAAACUCAUCUUGGUUCAGAUGAUGAUUCUGAAACUGAUCGGAAGAAGGCAAGACGUGGGAAGAACUCUCAUCAUGAUUCCGAUUCUGAUACAUAUGGUGACUAUGGCAAAAAGAAAACAGAACAUGCAAAGAACAAUCGUGAUGAGAGAAAGAAGAUAGCAGUGAAGAGCUCUCGUCAUGAUUCUGAGUCUGAUACUGAUAAUGAGUAUGGGAAGAAGAAAACAGAACAUGCAAAGAACAAUUGUGAUGAGAGAAAGAAGAUACCAGUGAAGGGCUCUCGCCAUGAUUCUGACUCUGAUACAGAUAGUGAUUAUGGGAAGAAGAAGAAAACAGAACAUGCAAAGAACAAUCGUGAUGAGAGAAAGAAGAUACCAGUGAAGAGCUCUCACCAUGAUUCUGACUCUGAUACAGAUGGUGAUUAUGGGAAGAAGAAAACAGAAGUUGAGAAGAACAAUCGCAAUGAGAAAAAGAAGAUACCAGUGAAGAGCUCUUGUCAGGGCUUUGAGGAUGAGAAGCCAGGAGAGAGCAGGUACAAGGAUAGCUCUCACCAUUACUCCGAGGAUGGGAAGCCCAUAAAGAACAAGGAAAGCUCUCGCCAUGACUCUGAGGAUGAGAAACCCAGAAAGUACGAGGAAAGCUCUCGUCGUGACCUUGAGGGUGAGAAACCCAGACUGAGCAAGUACAAGGGUGGUUCACACAGCGACUAUGAUCAGAAAAGGCAAAAAUCUGUUAAAAAGAGCAAUUAUUCUAGUGAAUCUGAGAGUGAUUCUGAUAGUGACCAAGGUGAGAGAUCAAAACGUGGAAAGAUUUCUCAGCAAAAAUCUGAACAUGAUAGACUGAAGAGUGGCUCUAGGAAUGUUGACUACAGAACUAACAAGUCUGUCAAGAAUUUGAGCCAUGACUCAGAUGGUGAGAAGCUACGCAGCAAGGUCCUCAGGAAAGACAAGUACAGUGGUGAUUCAGAGACUGAUUCAGAUGCUCGUGUUGAAGCAAAGAAGAAACUUGAAAAGUCAUAUCAUCACGACCCCAAGAAGGAUAAGCAAGCACAAAAAUUCAAAGAAAAAAAGGAUGACUAUGGGAAGAACAUUGAUAAGCACAAGCGCCACGAUUCUGAUUCAGAAUCUGACGGUUAUUCCCGUGAUAGGAAAAGGCAACUGAAUGCUGCAGUGACAAAAAAGGAUGUGCCAGAGAAAAGAAGAGUGGCUAGCUCAAGCGAGAGUUCAGAUUACAGCAGCAGCAGCCUCAGCAGCAGUGAGUCUGACUUGAGUGCAGAUAGCUAUAAGGAACGGAAAAGGGGUCAAGGUGAGAGGAGAGGAGAUGAGCUGAAUAGACAAAGACAGAAAGAGGAGAGAAAGGAGCUUGAGAAACAAAAGCAGAGAGAGGAAGAGAGGAAAGAGCUGGAGAAGCAAAAGCAGAGGGAUGAAGAGAGGAUGGAGAUGGAGAAGAAAAGGCAGCAAGAGAGGGAGGAAGAGAGACCGAGGGACAGAGAGCAAGAUAGAAGGAAAGGUGGAAAUGGUGUGGAGAGAGACUACAAAAGAAAAUUAGAAGAUGAUCGGUAUGACCCAAAUUUAAGUAGAGUUAGAGAUGAGGGAUACAGAGGCCACCAGAACAGAGGUGAUGAGAGAAGACAUGAAGAGCAUGGUCGUCAUAGAGCUAGAGAUCUGGAUAUCCAUGAUUCCAAGAGGUCAAGGCAUGAUGAUGACUCAUAUUACCAUUCAAGGAGCGAUCGUGGAGAUCGCUAUUCUAGAGAUGAACAUAGAGACAGAAGGCGUCACUGAGUGCAGAUUGUAUUUACAACUCCAUGUCAUGUCCUUCCUCCGAAGCAAAAGAGCUGGGCAUCUCCUCGAACAAUGGCUGCGGAUCAUUGUUCUCCUACAGAAGUUUCAGUCACCUAGCAGACCAUUGGCUGCGGCAGCAAAUUUGGACCACCCAACAGAACUCCCGUUGCAGCAUUAAGCUUCGCUUUUGUUUGUAUCGAGUUUUUUACUGUGCAAAGUUUACAUGUAAUAUGGUGUAGCAGAGAUGUAUUGCAAUUUUUUUUGUUUGAUGAAACCGUUGUUGCCGACCAACUUUACAGAAUUUUGUUGGGGAUUUAACUUUAUGUUUGAUAUUGCCAGUAUUAUUUUGGCUAGUGGUAGUUUGAGAUGCAAGAGGCACACAUUUCGUCCCAUGUUUCUGAUA